GUCCACCAGAUGCAGGCGCAGAUCGACGCGCUUCUUGCGCAGAGGGCGAUGCUUGGGAUGCCGAUGCCGACGAGCCCGAUGCUUGGGGUUAAGCAGGAUGACUUCGAAAUGAAGAGCGAGGCGGGCGACGACGACGCAGCGGCCGAGGCGCUGGCAGGCGAUCUUGCACAGGCUGUUGGUCCGCCAGCCGAGGAGGCAGCAGCCCCUGACGAUGCAGCAGCCAGCGAGGAAGAAAGCGAGGUCCCAGCGGCGCAGGCUGAUCCAACGCAGGCCCCCGAAGCAUCGGGCAGCGAGGACGGGGGCGACGACCUGCCGCUGGCGCGCGCUGAGCUGGCUAGGGAGGGGGACAUGUUCCAGAGGAACCAGCGUGAGCUCAAGCAGCUGCGGGAGAGGCAGGCGGAGCUGCAGCGCGUGCUCGAGAUGGCCGAGGGCACGGAGCGCCGCAUCAAGAAGAAGAGAGCCGACCGCGAGCAGGCCGCCAGGGAUCGAGGAGCUUCUCGGAUGGCUGCGUCCCUCGAGCCAGUGCCCGUCCCCAAGCGCUCUCGCGUCGACGAGGUCCUGGGGCGCGGCCGCGACACGGUGAGUACCGAGCUGGACGCCGAGUUGGCAAACGGCCCAUCGUCAGCCGCUGUGACGCCAGUCCCUCGCCCUUCAGAGACGCCGCCGUCCACGCCGAUGAAGCAGCCCGUGGACCAGAAGAGCGCCCUGGCUGACAUCUCGAAUGCGGUUGCUGAGAAGCUUAGGAAUGACCCCAGUUCCUUGACAGAAAACACGGCUGGCCAUAACUUCGUACCUCGUGGGCUCGACAAUGUGGCCGAACAGCAAGCUGGUGAGCAGGGGCCUCAUGAUGAGGCGUCCACCGACGAGCUCGAGACGAUGUUGGAGGAGAUGAAGGGAAAGCGGGGCGCUGGUGACGUUGAAAUCCGCCUCGCGGUUGCCGAGCAGAGCUACAACUUCGGCGUGCGCUCAGCCAUUGGCAACAAGCUGGAUCGGGACCUCAAGGCGAACCCCGCGAAGGAUUUGGAGUGGAAGCAGGACAAGAGCAAGGAUAAGGACUGGCGCGAGAGGGGCGAGCUCAUGACCUUCCUCAAGAUGGCCUACGAGGAAGGGGGUCCCGCUGGGCAGACGGACCCAGGCUCAUACCAGGAGAGCUUCAAGCGGGAGUGGUCGAAGACGAUCGCGCACACGAAGGGGCCGAAGGCCAUCGAGAACGGGAGCUCUGGCACAGCAGGCGGCGGCGGCGCCGCGGACGUGGUGCAGAAGCAGCUCGCUACCGCCAAGAAGCUCACAGAGGCCAUCAAGGGCGCGCUCUCUGCUGGCAAAGCGAUGCUGGAUGACAUCAAUGAGAAGGCUGAGUUCAAGUGGGCCAGGACCGACGAGGUGGAGGGCUUGAUGGACGCCAAGGAGCAGGCGCUGCGCACGGCCGCGAGGAGCAUCGCGCUGGCUAGCAUGCUGAUGUCGAACACGGAGCUGGCGCAG